GCGGCGGCGGCGGGCUCAGUUGGAGGAUGGCCGCGGCCGCGGCGGGUGGAGCCACGGGCCCGGCCCCCGGCCCCACCAAGGCCCCGCCGCCCUCCGGUCCAUGCUCCGGGCCGGCCGUCAGGGCCCCGCCGCAGGCGCUGCGGAGGCGCGGAGACUCGCGGCGCCGCCAGGCCGCGCUCUUCUUUCUCAAUAACAUCUCCCUGGACGGACGGCCCCCCAGCCUGGGCCUGGGCGGCGAGAAGCCCCCCGCGCCGCCGCCGCCGCCCGCCGAGGCCCGUGAGCUGCCGCCGCCGCCGCCGCCGGGGCCCCCGGGGCCCGAACCCGCGCCCCCGGCCGGCCUGCCCGGGCUGCCCGCUGGCCGGGCCUCGGCGCCCCAGGGUCUGCUCAGUCCCGCGCCCGCGCCCGCCAGCCUGGGGCUGGGGCUGGGACUGGGGCUGGAAGGGCAGCGCCAGAGAAGGCGUGUCACCUCCCAGCGCUGCUCCCUGGAGUUUCUGGAAGACACGGUGGGAUGUGCCUCGGUUCAAAGAGCUAAACACAUAUCCGGAUCCCCAAGACACAAGGGCCUGAAGAAGACGCACUUCAUCCGGAACAUGAGGCAGUAUGACACCAGGAGCAGCAGAAUUGUGCUGAUUUGCGCCAAGCGGUCCCUGUGUGCAGCCUUCUCUGUCCUGCCCUAUGGAGAUGGCCUGCGGGUCAGUGACCUGAGGGUGGACAGCCAGAAGCAGAGGCACCCAUCUGGUGGCGUUUCCGUCUCUUCAGAGAUGGUCUUUGAGCUGGAAGGCGUAGAGCUGGGAGCUGAUGGAAAGGUUGUGUCCUAUGCCAAGUUCCUGUACCCUACCAACGCCCUGGUCGCACACAAGACCGACGGCCACAGCCUGCCGCCCCAGCCCCGGCCCAGCGUCCCCCGGGCUCUGCUAGGGCCAAGACACAAACCUGCCCCCACGAAGCCAGCACCAGCCGGCCCAGAGCUAGGGAGCGACGGGGGAGAUGCCCUGGAGUAUGACCCUAACCUCCUGGACGACCCCCAGUGGCCCUGCGGCAAGCACAAGCGGGUCCUCAUCUUUGCGUCCUACAUGACCACGGUGAUAGAGUACGUGAAGCCCUCUGACCUCAAGAAGGACAUGAAUGAGACCUUCCGGGAGAAGCUCCCGCACAUCAAGCUGACGCUGAGCAAGAUCAGGAGUCUGAAGCGGGAGAUGCGGAACCUGUCUGAGGAGUGCGGCCUGGAGCCUGUGACGGUGUCCAUGGCCUACGUGUACUUCGAGAAGCUUGUCCUCCAGGGCAAGCUCACCAAGCAGAACCGCAAGCUGUGCGCCGGCGCCUGCGUGCUUCUCGCCGCCAAGAUCAGCAGCGACCUCCGCAGGGGCGAAGUGAAGCAGCUCAUUGACAAGUUAGAAGAAAGGUUUCGGUUCAACAGACGGGACCUCAUCGGGUUCGAGUUCACGGUGCUCGUGGCCUUGGAGCUUGCGCUCUACCUUCCUGAGAACCAGAUGGGGAAACUCAGCACUGUGGAGUGCAUGCCCCCAGCCUGCCCCUUGGCUCCCUCCCAGCCCAGCCAGACCCCUGGGUUGCCACCGCAGCACCCCCACGGGCCGUCCACAGGCAGGGCACUGGCACCAGGUUCAGCUGAGUCAACUCCGGGUUGAUUCUCUUCGUUCUUGGACCUCUGUACCGCGUAUCGUGUCACUGUGAAAUCCUGAUGCCGCCAUGCACACCAACAGGCUCCUCAGCAGGGCACCAGCCUGCCCAAGAGGCCUGUCCUUCACCCCUCCCACAGGAAAGCCGCCUUCCUGCAACACUGGACUGUAGGCAUGACUGGAUUGCUUGCUCUUGAUCUCUAUAAGCAAUACUUGGAGAAAAACAGCAUAUUGUCAUUUGGGA